GCUACUGAAGCUGACACCCAUAGGGUUAAACCCAGUUGCUGAAGCCACCUCUCUCCCCCUCCCAGUCCCCCUUUUCAGAGCAGGCUGGCAGCUGUCCGAACUGCCUACUGAAGCCAAAUGCUUGAGGAGAGAGAGAGUAAGGAGCCAGCCAUGAAUCCCUUCCAGAAAAAUGAGUCCAAGGAAACUCUUUUUUCACCUGUCUCCACUGAAGAGGUACCACCUCGACCUCCCAGGCCUCCUAAGAAGCCACCUCUGAAAAUCUGUGGCUCCAACUAUCCACUGAGCAUUGCCUUCAUUGUGGUGAAUGAAUUCUGCGAGCGCUUUUCCUAUUAUGGCAUGAAAGCUGUGCUGACCCUAUAUUUCCUGUAUUUCCUGCACUGGAAUGAAGAUACCUCCACAUCUGUAUACCAUGCCUUCAGCAGCCUCUGCUACUUCACUCCUAUCCUGGGAGCUGCCAUUGCUGACUCAUGGUUGGGAAAAUUCAAGACAAUCAUCUAUCUCUCCUUGGUGUAUGUGCUUGGCCAUGUGAUCAAGUCCUUGGCUUCCUUACCAAUACUGGGGGGACAAAUGGUGCACACGUGAGUAAAUCAUGGA